UUCUAUUUCUGAAUGGAGUGGCUCUUCCCUUACCUUGUUAUACUGCUUCCCUCUCUGAUCUUUUCAUUCUGUACCAGCCAAGACAACUUAGUACCGGGGAAAUCUAUCAGUGCAAACCAGACCUUGAUUUCUUCCAAUGGGACCUUUGCCUUAGGCUUCUUCAGACCUGAAAAUUCAACUAAAUACUUCCUUGGUAUAUGGUACGACAAACUCCCAAAGUUGACAGUAGUUUGGGUUGCUAACAGAGAAUCCCCGCUUGAUUCUCCGGGUGUUUUUACACUUGGUACUGACGGAAAUCUUGUGGUGUUGUUAGACGUCGAAGCGAGCGCUCCAGUCUGGUCAACUAAUUUAGUAUUGGAUCCUGCAAAGAAUGGCACAACUGGUUUACUAACGGAUACUGGAAACCUUGUUCUGAGAUCUGGGGAAGAAACUUUGUGGGAGAGCUUCGAUCAUCCCUCUGAUACAAUUCUGCCUGGCAUGAAGAUUAGCUUGAACAAACUGACUGGCCAACAAAGCUGCCUUACAUCCUGGGCAACGCUUGAUGAUCCACGACCAGGAAAGUUCACCUUAUGCAUUGAUCCUAAAGGGCUGCAGGCUUAUAUCUGGGAGGACAAUAGUAUUCAAAAAUGGAGAAUUGCUAUGUACAUAGGCAGAGACUCAAGAAGUGUCUUUGGAAAUCCAGGUGGAUCAGCCUUUUCCCUAUCAUACAACUUCGAUGUUGAUAAGGCUUAUCUUACUUACAGUGUCUCGAAUAGCUCACUGAAAAUGAGGGUCUUGUUGAAUCCUUCAGGGCAGAUUGAGCUGCUGCUGUGGAUCAGUAAAACUUGGUAUCAACUGUGGAAGGCACCUGCUGAUAACUGUGAUUUUUAUGAUCGUUGCGGUCCAUAUGGUGCCUGUCGUAAAAAUGAAAGCCUCUCAUCACCGUGCAAGUGCUUGACAGGUUUUAAAGCCAAAUUUUCAAACCAAUGGGAUAUGCAGAAUUGGUCCAGUGGCUGCGUUAGGGAAAAAGCAUUGACAUGUAGUAACGCAAUGGAAGGGUACUUCUCAAAGUUAGAAGGGGUGAAACUACCAGAUCAUUCUGUUAUUUUUGAGGAUAGGAGCAAGGAUGAGUGCAACUCCGAAUGUCAUCAGAGUUGUUCUUGCACGGCUUAUGCUUAUGUAAAUGCGACGGAAGGAAGUAAUACUGGGACAUGUAUGCAAUGGUUUGGUGACUUAAUCGAUCUAGUAGAGAAAUAUGAUAUUAUUACUACACAUGAUAUUUUCAUUCGCGUUCAUGACUCCAAACUAGGUAACAAGGGUCUCUUUCAUAGUUCCUCGAAGAGGUCCAUAGUAAUUGCAAUAGUCUCAGCUGCAGCUGGAUUGCUUACAAUAACUUUUGGUUGUUUCUUGUGGAAGAAUUUGGGAAAGGAAGGGAGGAUAGCAGGAAGAAUGAGUGAGAUUAUAAGAAAUGUUGGUGCAGGAGGUGGGAAAAAUGAUACAGAACUACCACUCUUCAGUUUAGGUCGUAUAUUAGCUGCUACAAACAACUUCUCUGAAGCAAAUAAGCUUGGAGAGGGAGGAUUUGGCCCUGUUUAUAAGGGAAUUUUGCCAGAAAAUCAAGAAGUGGCCGUAAAGAGGCUAUCAAAGAAGUCUCGGCAAGGACAUCAUGAGUUCAUGAAUGAGUUGAAGCUUAUAGCCAAACUCCAGCAUACAAAUCUUGUUAGGCUCUUGGGUUGCUGUAUGGAACAAGAGGAAAUGAUAUUGAUCUAUGAGUACAUGCCUAAUCGAAGUUUGGACAAGUUUUUGUUUGAUUCAUCUGAGAAGACAAACUUGGACUGGGUUACACGCUUUCGAAUCAUGGAGGGUGUUGCUCAAGGGGUACUUUAUAUUCACAAAUACUCUAGAUUGAAAAUUAUUCACAGGGAUCUAAAAGCAAGUAAUGUGUUGUUGGAUGCAAAGAUGAACCCCAAAGUUUCAGACUUUGGAAUGGCAAGAAUUUUUGAGACGAAUCAAAUUGAAGCAAAUACCAACAGGAUUGUUGGGACAUACGGCUAUAUGUCACCUGAGUAUGCACUUUAUGGCUAUUUCUCUGAGAAAUUGGAUGUAUAUAGUUUUGGGGUAUUGUUGUUAGAGAUUGUAAGUGGAAAGAGAAAUGCUUCUUUUUAUCAUUUUGAAAAUUCAUUAACGCUUGCUCGAUGGGUAUGGGAACUGUGGAAAGAAGGCAGAGCAGUGGAGGUGAUUGACACAUCAGUAAGGGAUACUUGCCGGACUCAUGAAGCUUUGAGGUGUAUCCAUGUGGGGCUUUUGUGUGUUCAAGAAGCUCCAGCUGAUCGACCAACAAUGUCAUCCGUGAUUCAUAUGCUUGAGGCCGAUGAAGCUACUUCACUUCCACCCUCCAAAGAACCUGCUUUUUCAAUACGUACGAAUUCAACUCCUGUUACCACUUAUUCCAACAAUGCAGUCACUAUUACUUUGCCAGAGGCUCGAUAGAGGUUCAACAUGUUGAAGCUUCUACCUUAUGUUUUAGUUCAGUUUGUGGCUAGAGUGUGUAUCCGCCGAUUAACAUGUUUGUGGCUAGAAUAGACGCAGCAAGUUUGGGCCAA